AUGGCGACCAGCAGCGCGGGCUACAUUCCAGGGCCGCGCUGUUGCUGUGGUAGCAGCGACUGUGUCUUCCUCGCCCAUAAUGGCCGCCUGCUCGAGGGUCUCGAACGGGACGUGUCUAAAGCUGCGCAGCUCGGUCAAGCUUUGCUCGUCCGACAUGAGGCCUACGUCGCCGACUCGGAGCGCGAGCGCCGGCAGAUGAUGGCAACGAUCGAACGCCUCGAAAACGAAAAGCUCGAACUCGAAGCCAAGAAUGCGCAGACCAUCAAGCAGAACCGCAACCUUCUGGACCAGCUAGAGCAGCUGAACGAGUCGAUUGGCAGCUCAGACAUUCAUAUUCAGGCCUUGCAGGAUGCGCUGCGCUCGACCGAGGAGGAAAUGCAACGACUGUCCUCUUUGGCUGCACGAACACAGCUACUAGAAGCUCAGCUAUUCGAUCUGGAAAGGGAGCAGUCACGACUGCAGCACAAACUGGACACCCGAACGAUCGAUGAGCGCACGGCCAUACAACGCUGGCAAAAGGCCGAACGAACACUUGGCGAUCUGCAGGACCAGAUCGACCGCAUCGAGCGGGAAGCCCGCGAAGAAAGGGAACGCCAUGUUGAAGUUGUCGCACGCAUGGAGCGGAGAAUGGCAGUAGAGGGCGAGCUAGGCUCCGCGGCAGCACGACUCAAGGCAAAGGCUGGACAGGAAAAGAGCAGUAGUACUGUCGUCACCCACUUCGUCAAGGACAUACUACAUGAUAACGCAAACUUGCAACAUGGCAUCCUGGAGCUUAGGGAGAUGCUGGUUAAUUCAAACGAGGAGGUCGAGCGCCUACGCGACCAGCUGAGGCUCCACCAACCUGUCUCACCGUCGCCUUCCCAGGAGAUUCCCAGGUCAACACUAGACAAGGAGUUAGACCUGGAGACGGAUACCGUCGAGCCUGUUGGAAGCCAGGAACUGCACAUCCACCAUCACUAUCAUGGGUCGAAACAAAACAAGCAUCUACCAAAGAUCGCGGCUCAACGAAAACACAACAAAAAGAAGCGUUUCAGUCUUACAUCUGGCCACUUCGAUCCUGCGCCGUCCCUAAAGCGGAACUCGACUGCCACCAUUCUCUCUCAGACAUCGGUGACUGUGCCUAACACACACCGCUGGUCGCAAGCGACAACACUCGGCCCUAGCUCUCUACCAAGUUCUCCAAUCUCCGAGUCGCAUCGCGGAUCCAUGCACGACCGUGUCUUCAGCGACGCAGCUUACGACUCUUCGAGACCAACCAGCCCUCCUGAUUCUAUUGAUAUCCAGUCGCCCAUGUUCGGACCAACAAAGUCGGGCGACUUCUCUUUUGAUCCAGACACAGUACCUCGUCAGCACCGCAGGAGCAGAUCCCGGACUUUGAAGCCUCCAAUAAUUCUUUCGACAGUUCGCAAUACUAGUAGCCCGAUCGCCAUGACUACUAAGAGUGCUGCCCAUGCUGUGAUCUCCGCUAUCAGCAGCCCAGCUGGCUCAUACACGAACGACGUGUUCGUCCUUUCUCCCACUCUCUCAAUGAAUCCUGAACCUCAAGCUGCGAUACCCGAAGAGAACGAGGAUGCCUCGAUCUUCAUGCCUGAAGACGCUGUAACAACUCCACCUGAGGAAACUGAAGACGACAUUGAUGCCAUAUCACCUGUUAGGCAUUCACGACCUGCCCUACGUCGACAUGCGUCCCAUGAAUCACUCAUAUCAAUUUCCGGGAUGGAUAUACAUACAUUGCAAUCUCGCCCUGCACAACUCCUAAUGACAGGUCGAUCGCGCUUCACCGGCCCUCAAGGCGCUGGGUCAGUGGGCCCUGAGCUCACUCCGUGGACCGCUACCGCCCACGGCAGCCUCUCGCAGGGUAGAGCAGAUAGUAGCGACAGUCGCUCAUUCCUGUACUCGACCAUCGCAAACCAGAGGGGUGGUCCACGUAAGAGCGACAACCCGUCAGAUGGAAAGAGCUCUGGGGGCUGGUUCUUUGGCAAGUGGGGUGCUACUCCUACCUCGACAGCGCCUGCUGCAUCAUCGUCAUUACGGCCGACCUCUUCAGACUCGCGCCAGACAGAGUCUUCACAAGACACCGCGAAGACAACAACGCUAGAGCCUACGGCUCUUAAGAAGAAAGGUCUUGCAAAACCCAAGUUACGACCAAGUGGUGUGAACCAGAACGGUCCGAUCUGGGGUUUCUUCGACAACAUACCUGAGACGCCCACAAAGGUCGUAGUGGUGGACUACGAUGCUGAAGCGCUUGGAGAGGCACUCAAUGAUCGCAGCCCAUCUCGUGUUGUAAGCGAUGUCUGA